UAAGAAUCAAGGUGUGUCUAUGCUGUUACCCAGAACCCAGGCAAUGCCAGUCCUUCAGGCCAGCCCAGGAGUUCGGGGUGGGGAAACAGUCAUCAUAGAACAUCUUCAUCCCUCAGCCCAGAGAGCAGCAGAGUCUUCACCAGGCCCUCCUCGAAGGGCAUUUCAAAGCACAUUUUCCAGAGCCGAACUCAGGCCGAGGACCAGACUCCAAUCAAAUCUCACUGCCCGUGCAAGAGAGACCCAGAGGAAUGGACUGGCUCCUUUUCAGGAACUUUUGCCUUUUGAUCAUUUUAAUGGUGGUGCUGGAAGUAAACAGUGAAUUUGUUGUUGAGGUGAAGGAAUUGGACGCGGAAAAUAGCACCGCAAAAUGGCAAACGGUCAGAAGACAGAAGCGGGAGUGGAUCAAGUUUGCUGCAGCCUGUCGAGAAGGAGAAGAUAACUCCAAGAGGAAUCCGAUUGCCAGAAUUCGAUCAGACUGUGAAGUGAACCAGAAGAUUACAUACCGCAUCUCUGGGGCAGGAAUCGAUCGACCGCCCUAUGGAGUGUUCACCAUUAACCCUCGGACGGGGGAAAUUAACAUCACUUCAGUGGUGGACCGAGAGAUAACACCACUUUUCUUGAUUUAUUGCCGAGCUCUGAAUUCACGGGGUGAAGACUUAGAAAGGCCUCUUGAGCUUCGAGUCAAAGUUAUGGACAUAAAUGAUAACCCCCCAGUCUUUACACAAAAUGUGUACACAGCCAGCAUUGAAGAAAACAGCGACGCAAACACCCUGGUGGUAAAGUUAAGUGCCACAGACGCAGAUGAAGACAAUCAUCUGAAUUCUAAAAUUGCCUAUAAGAUCGUGUCUCAGGAGCCGGCGGGCUCACCCAUGUUCAUCAUGAACAGGUACACUGGAGAAGUGUGCACGACGUCCAACCUCCUCGACAGAGAGCAACACAGCAUGUAUAACCUCCUCGUGAGGGGCUCAGAUCGGGAUGGAGCCACAGAUGGACUGUCUUCGGAGUGUGACUGCAGAAUCAAGGUUUUAGACGUCAAUGAUAAUUUCCCCACUUUGGAGAAAACUUCGUACUCAGCAAGUAUCGAAGAGAACUGUUUAAGUUCGGAACUGAUCCGAUUUCAAGCAAUUGAUCUUGACGAAGAAGGCACUGACAACUGGUUGGCAAAAUAUUUAAUUCUCUCUGGAAAUGAUGGGAAUUGGUUUGAUAUUCAAACAGACCCACAAACCAACGAAGGCAUUUUGAAAGUCGUCAAGACGCUGGAUUAUGAACAAGUGCCUAAUAUUCAUCUUAGCAUUGGAGUUAAAAACCAAGCUGAGUUUCACCACUCGGUUGCCUCUCAAUUCCGAAUGCACUCAACCCCUGUGAGAAUUCAGGUUGUUAACGUGAGAGAAGGACCUGCAUUUCAACCAAAUUCUAUGACGUUCAGUGUGCGAGAAGGACUGAAAGGAAAUUCCUUAUUGAAUUUUGUGCUUGGCACAUACACAGCUAUAGAUUUGGAUACAGGAAAUCCUGCAACAAACGUCAGGUAUAUCAUAGGACAUGACGCAGGCAACUGGUUAAAAAUAGAUUCAAGGACUGGAGAGAUACAAUUUUCUAGGGAAUUUGAUAAGAAGUCAAAAUAUAUUACCAAUGGGAUAUACACAGCAGAGAUCCUGGCUAUAGAUGAUGGCUCUCUAAAAACGGCCACGGGAACCAUAUGUAUCGAAGUUCCUGAUGUCAACGAUUACUGCCCAGUCAUUGUUGCUGAGAGAGAAACCAUCUGCAUUGCCUCUCCCUCCAUCCUUAUCUCUGCUGCAGGCGUUAACAGUCACCCUUAUGGGUCUCCCUUUACCUUCUGUGUUGUUAAUGAACCCCCAGGGACAGCGGACAUUUGGGAUAUCACAUUAGUAAAUGCUACCUCUGCAAUCCUGAAAGCUGAGCAGACUUUAUAUUCCGGAUACUACGAAAUCCCGAUCCUAGUAAAGGACAGUUUUAACAGAGCAUGCGAAUUGCCGCAGGUCGUGGAGCUAAGGGCCUGUGGCUGUGACGGCAAGCACGGGUGCUGGUCCUCGGGCGCCACAGACGUCAGCGCCGGGGCUGCGAGCUCUGUCACCAGUGUGUCUGUCCCUGACGGCCAAACCGAGGCUUCAAAUGUUGGUAUGGGAUCAACAGGGAUUGGCAUGAUCACGAUGGGCGUCUUACUGCUGCUUCUGGCACCGCUCUUGCUGCUCCUGUGCUGCUGCUGCAAACGAAAACAGCCAGAAGGGCUGGGGACGAGUUUUGCUCCUGUGCCUGAGGGGGGAGAAGGAGUGGUGCAAUCCUGGAGAAUAGAAGGGGCCCAUCCCGAGGACAGGGAUGUGUCCAACAUAUGUGUACCAAUGACAGCCUCUAAUACCCAGGACCGUAUGGAUUCCUCUGAAAUCUACACUAACACCUACGCAGGCGGAGGAACGGUUGAAGGGGGUGUCUCGGGAGUGGAACUCAAUACCGGUCUGGGGGCGGCCGCUGGCCUGGCAGCGGGAGGAGCAGCGGGCACCGUGGGGAGGAGGAGCUCGGCGGUGGGCAUCCAGCGGGACUAUGCGGACACCGGCCUGAACCUGGCUUUCCUGGACAGCUAUUUCUCUGAGAAAGCACAGGCUUAUGCAGGCGAAGAUGAAGGCCGCCCUGCAAACGAUUGUUUGCUCAUUUAUGACCACGAAGGAGUAGGGUCUCCUGUGGGCUCCAUUGGUUGUUGCAGUUGGAUUGUGGAUGAUUUAGAUGAAAGCUACAUGGAAACUUUAGAUCCAAAAUUUAAGACUCUUGCUGAAAUCUGCUUAAACACGGAAAUUGACCCAUUUCCUUCACAGCAGUCCUGUAUCCCCAUCAGCACUGACCUCCCCUUACUUGGACCGAACUACUUUGUUAAUGAAUCUUCAGGAAUGACUCUCUCAGAGGCUGAAUUCAAAGAAGAAAUGGCAACACCUGAACCCAUGAUGCACGGGGAUAUUGUAGUGACCGAGACUUACACUGCUGCUGAUCCAUGCGUGCAACCCACUACGAUUGUCUUUGAUCCUCAGCUUGCGCCCAAUGUUGUAGUAACGGAAACAGUAAUGGCACCUGUCUACGAGGUUCAAGGGAAUAUUUGUGUCCCUGCUGAGUUAGCCAACACACACAAUGUAAUCUAUGCUGAGAGAGUGGUGUCUAGUCCUGGUAGGCCUGACGUGAGCAGUAGUAGCAUGAGUGAUGGUUGUAGGGGACCUGUCAUGAGUGGUGGUAUUUUGGUAGGACCAGAAAUUCAACUGACACAAACGAUGAGUCCAGACAUUCGCAUAAGCCAAACUAUUGGUUCCACAUCCCCAGUGACAUCUCGACACAGAGUAACACGGUACAGUAACAUACAUUACUCCCAACAGUAAGUGUUUUAUGGUCAAUACUCUCUAUGGAGACCAUGCACCUUGUAAUCACCAACAUAUCCAUCAAAGAUGCGCAGUGUACCACAUUUAACAUUUUAAGUCAACAAAUGUUCAAAAAUUCUAAAUUCAGUGAGAUUCUUUGAUUAUACCUUUUGGGGGGUAACUAUGGCCAAGCACUUUAGAUAAGCCUUUAAAUUUUUUUUUCUGAUUUUAAAUUAUGUGCCAAAAGAACUUAAAGAAAAUAUGUUACAUUCUUUGAUACUGUCUAAUAAAUAGCACAUAAUUCAUACAGUGAAUCUUAAGGACUUCAGGCCUGUAAAACUGGUCAUAUAAACCAAGAUGCUCUUGUUCUUGAAGGUUGCAUAGAAAAGCCUUGUCUGCAUUCAAUAGCCAUGUUAACUUUCAAAUACAUAUUUCUAUUUAAAACUUUAAAGUGGAAAAAAAUGAAUUAAAUGUACACUUUUGAAGUGAAAUUGAAAAAGAAGAUGGAGAAUCUGUUAAUAGAGAUCUAAAGUCACUUGUCUCAUCAAAUGGUUUCUCAAGAUAGGCAAUGAUUAGGGCAUGCUUAAUAUAAUACAGGGAAAGAGCUUCUUAGCUGAAUGUGUCACUGAAAAUGGUCCAUCAAAAGGAAUUAUAUACAUAUAUAGAUAUGCAUAUAUUCAUAUCAAUAUGGAUGAAUUCUUAUUGCACUUUAUUGAUUUAUAUCAUCAACUAUAAAUUAAUUUAGACUAGCAGAAAUAUAAUUAUGACAACAUGACAACAGAAACAGUUUCCAGGAGAAGUAUUAGAGAUUUUACUCCUUAGAGAAUGUUUUUUCCCCUGCUUUUGUUAAUUAUGUCAGAAAACCAUAUGAAAUGUGGUUUAAUCAGUUUCACUGACCUGAGUCAUAGACUAUUUCGUUGGCAAUCAGAUAGCCUCUAAAAGCACCUCUGUAAUUAUUCAUACAUUCAACAAUAUUGACUUGGAAGCUUCUCUGUGUUGAGUGCUGAUCUUGACUCUGAAUGUUAGUUGAAGACAACUGGCAAGAUUCCUGCCUUCAAAAAGCCUCUAAUUCAUUUCUAGACUUAAAACUCUGGUGAUAUGGCUUUGAGUUCCUACCAAAAAUAAUUAACAAAAUAUUUAAUUUCAUUACCAAGUUGUGUUUCUCUUUUUAAUGUUAUUAGUAAUGUUGAAUAAAUAAAAUGGAAACCCAUGCACAGAUUGCUUAUUCUUAGUAGGCAUCAAGCUGUCCUGAGAAAAAGAAAUUCUAGCAAGAUAGUUUUAUUUAAUUCUGUAAAAUAUGUAAACUAUAUAGUAGUAAGGAUAAUGAUGUGACUAGUAAGAUAAUAUAAAUGGAAUAAAUUUAUUUUCAGGGCUUAUUUUCUUCUGGAAGGAAAUAACUGUAGUGCUUCUUGCUUAAUAUUUUUAUGAGUAAAAGUGUUGAAGAAUUUGGGGCCUCUCACAAUCUCUUGUCCAGUUCUUUCAUUUUAUAGAAAAAUUUUCUGUGAUCUAUCCCACUAUCAAUAUGCAAAGAUUUAAUGGUGCUUCAAAAAGAGAAACCCCAUUUCUGGUGGAUGCAUUCCUCCAUACUAUCCAUGGAAAUGAGAUCAGAACCAUUUCAUUUUUUCUCUCAACAUUAUCAGUGGAGAGGAAAUUCUCCAUCAUUCUACGUAUCAAUCAUAUGUGACUCAAGCCUCUGAAAUUGACAUAUGUUAAAAACAUCAUCUCAAACAAAAUAAAGGGCAUAAAGCAAGAUUUCUCCUGCUUAAGAGGGUACUGAUUUAGCUAGGAG